GCGCCCGCAGCACCUGUCUCCCGGUGCGUGGGCGGGGAGGACGGCGCGAGGGCAUGGCCUGGUAGAGGCCCCUGGGCAGACGGUGAGGAGUCCAGUCCGGAGCAGGGCAGGAGGCGGAGGGACGUUCCUCCCCGGCGCCUGCUCGGCCGGCGGCAGCAUGAAAAAGAACCCGACGGUGCAGGGCACCUUCAGCAAACUCUUCGGCAAGAAGCACGCCAACCCUCCCGCCACCUCCCUCUACGCCACCAACCCCCCCUGGAUUUUCACCCAGGAGGCCCCGUCGGAGGGGACCCGGGACUUCGAUGGGAUCUAUUUUGGAGACAACCGAGCUGACACAGUGAGUGAGUCGGGAACCGCCACACUGAAAGCUCGGCCAAGAGUCCGGCCCCUGCUGACCUUUCUUCCACUGGAUGCCCAGGAGAACCAUGGACUGGCUGUGCCCCCCCCCUCUGUCCCAGACAGCUUUGCAGACCAACAAAUGACAGGCACCAGCAAGCUUAUCAAUGGCAACCUCCGAUUAUACAGCUCUGUGGGGGACCUGAGGCCUGGGCACUAUGGCCAGGACUUGCUCAUCCCCCCGCCACCCCCGGGCCCAGCCCCGGCACCACCCCCAGACGCUCCGCAGCCUCAGGAGGAGCCCUCACCACCACCUCCACCUUCCACGGCUCCCCCGCCUCCCCCGCUGCUGCCGGAACCCCCGUCCCCGCCCAGCAUGGCCCCACCUCUGCCCCCAGUGAUGGGGGCCCUAUCCACCGCACCCCGCCUUCCCUCCCCAUCCACACCCACCCCUCCGGACUUCAUUCCCCCUGCGCCCCCCCUACCCUUUUCGCCAGCCCCAGCUCCCCCAGCUCCAGUGUCUCCUCGUACACCGGGGACUCACCCCUUCCCCGCUGCGGGUGUCACCAAGUGGAAAUCAGAGGUAGCGCUGAGUGACAGGCAGCCAGAGGUCCCCAGAGGCAGUCCCCCCAGGAGCCCUGCUGAGCCCAAGGGGAGCCUCCUGGGACCGGAGACCCACCUCACCUUCCCCAGCUCGCUCAAGGUGCCUCCCCCAACCCCAGUCAGGACUUCAUCCAUCUCCUCUCAGGAAGCACAAGGGGCUCUUCCUGAGGAAAGAGAGGCCACCAAGAAGGCCCCCAGUCGACUCCCACUGCCUCCCAGCUUCCACAUCCGCCCCGCGUCCCAGGUCUACCCCGACAGGGCCACUGAACCAGACCAUCCCGAGGAGCCCAGGGCUACGGCACCAGCCCGUCCGAGGCCGGGCCAGUCCCAGGCCUGGACAAGCGAACAAGCCGAGACUCCACCUCCAGCCCCUCCCCCACCCCCUCCUCCACUCCCACUCCCUCCCCCGGCCCCCCCCCUGCCCCCAGCUGCCCCUCCUUUGCCAUCUGCUGAGAAGGCAGCCCCUCCCCCGGCUGGGGUUAUGAAAAGACCCAAGUCCAGCUCUCCUGCUCCCAAACCCAAACUUGACCCCCCCAGCCCAGAGGACACAGCCUCUUCAGAGUCCGUGGACUGGUGGGAUCCCAGCCAGAUGGCAAAGCUGCGGAACGAGCUGUCAGCCUAUCUCUGUGGCUCCAAGAGAGAGGACCGGUUUGCCAGUCAUAGACCAGGCCCAACUGCAUCCUCUCAGGGAAAGGAGAGCCAGAAGGGCCCCAGCCUGCCAGAGAAGGAGGCGCCCCCAAGUGUUCCUGAGGAGAGUCCUUGCAGCCAGCCAGAGAGGAAGGCUGCCGCCAGCCUGACCCUCCCUCCUUUGGACUACAUCCCCCAAGACCCGCCAGCUCCUAGCAUCCGGCAGAUCCGGGAUAAGCUGGAGGCCCAGCUUUCCUCAUCAGCAGAGAAGGAAGCCAAGCCCAGCAGAGGGUCUCUGCCUCCCAAACCUCAGCUAGAAGGGGUAAGAAUCUUUGAAAACAGGGCUGAUAAUGGCAAAUUCUCCAAGCCCGCGGCCAAGAAUCUGCCACCUCUAUCCACCACCCCUCUGCCAACCACACCACUCCAGUCCAAGGCCACGCCUGGACCAGCCAUACCACCCAGGGCCACACCUGAGCCAGCCACACCUGGACCAGCCACACCACCCAGGGCCACACCGGAGCCAGCCACACCUGGACCAGCCACACCACCCAAGGCCACACCGGAGCCAGCCACACCUGGACGAGCCACACCACCUAAGGCCACACCGGAGCCAGCCACACCUGGACCAGUCACACCACUCAAGGCCACACCUCUGCCCACCACAUCAUCCCAACUGAUAGCAGAGAAGAACCUAGUCCCAGCUGGACAGUGGGAGAAGCCAGAACAUCAAGAAGUUGCAGUGCCCUCCAAGCCAGAGGCAGGAGGGCGCUCCUCAGAGACCAGUAAGCCUACACAGGGAGCCCUCUCAUCUCCAGCCCUCCCCGCAAAGAUAUCCCCUGGCCGAGAAGAGGUGCCGUUUCUCUAUAAGCCCCAUCGCAGCCAGAACAUCCCCAGCAGAGAUGUGGCCGUGGUGACGCCCACCCUGUCCAGAGGAGAGGCGGUAGGGUCAUGGGAGCCUGUGGAGGUGAAGGAGCCCCGGAGGCUGCCAGCCAACCCCCCUGCCUCAGCCCAGCCUGCUGAGGAACUCCUCAGGCAUCCAGUGACAGGGCAGGUGGUGGAGCAGGGCUCCCCGAUGGCUCUGCUCCUUGCAGCCAGGCAGAGGGCACAGAAGGGGAGGUCCAGAGGGGCUGCCCUGGGCCAGUCCUCCCUGCCAGGGAGUCUCCGUGGCCACAGCCAGCCCGGGGCAGGCUCUGACACCAUCUUCUACAACGACGGCCAGCCCAACUCCUUCACAGUGGUCCCCAAGGUACCCAAGGAGACUGAGAAGGACCCCCAGCUAAACUUGCCAGGACAGCCCAAGGUACCCAGUCAGUGGAAGCCCCAGCCCCGCGGAGACCCAGAGGGCACGGAGCCCAGCCGCGGGUACAGCUGGACAAAGACGGAGCCGCAGGCCCCCGUGGCUUGGGAAAGACCAGUGCCCUCCAGCCUCCCCCAGGGCUGCCUGCUGCCCAAGUCCUCCUCUUCCCCUCCUUCUCCUUCCCACAAGAGGGAAGAGGAGUUCAACUUUGAGGUCAUCCCACCGCCACCAGAAUUCAGCAAUUACCCUGAGCCCCCGCCCCGCGCCCUGCAGUAUCUGGGGCGCCGGGGUUCCCCUCCCCAGAACAACUUCUCAGACUUGGGGCAGCUCGCGGACGCGGGCCCCGCUCGCGGCUCCUCGCGCUUUUCCGCCAGUGCGGGCCCCGCCGGGGCCUCCAUGGGCCUGGGCCGUUUCUCGGGCGGGGGCCGUUCGCUUAUCAAGAAGCGCCUGUACGUCGUCGGGGAGACCCACCGCAGCCCCAGGCUGCCCCGGGGCGGCAGUGGCCGCAGCCCGACCUCCCCUAGCUGCUUCGGGCCGCAUCCCAGAGGGCCCUUCGCAGCGCCCGGAGGACCGGAGAUGCGGCGCGUCAACUCGACGGGCCGCGCGCCCCCUGCCGGCCUGCACGCGCGGAAUAUGCCCCUGGAGGGCGGCCCCCGCGGAGAGGCCAAGUACAAAGCGCCCGGCGGCGGCGACUGCGGCUGCGCCCCGGCUACCCGCAGGUCUCCCCACAGCAACCCCCACUAUGGAAGCUCCAUCAACACAUUCACCGUGAGGCCUGGGACCCACCAUCCCAUCUCCUAUGCCUACUCGGGGGCCCAUCGGAAGGCCCCAUCCUGAGCCCAGGGUUUUCUCAGUUCCUCUCCAAGGGGUCGG